AUGAUAUUAAUUAUGAAUAUGGAUAAAAAUUAGAUUAUUUUAAGUUAGUAAGUAAUAAAAACGUGGAAGAGUCAUUAGCAAAAUAUCGUAAAGAGUGUGAGGCAAAAUACAAAGCUGACUUAGAAAUGGAAUUAUAAAGAUUUAGGGACUAUGAACUUAUUGAAAUGCGUGCAUUGGAAGCAGAAAGAUAUUAAGAAAAACUUACUUUCCAUAGAAAAGAAUUAGAUAAGGUCUAUAAUGAAAAGCUUUAGAAACUACAAGAAAGAGAAAAAAAUGCAAUUGAACUUUUUAAUUGUAAAUUUUAAAAAUAUUCGUGUAGGCAAGAGAAGAUUAGAAGACUUAGAAAAAAUAUAGCAAGAAAAUAGAUAAAAACAUUUGAAUGAUAUUGAGGCUAUGAAUAAAAAAGAGUUAGAGUUCAGAAGACAUAGUUGUUUAGAUCACAUUGAAGUUAAAGAAUAACGUGAAAAGUUAGAUAAACUUGAGAAAGAUUUAAAGCUUAAAAUGAGAGAGUAUGAAUCAGCAAAGUAGCUUAUCAAUACUAGAAUUGAAGAGGAUAUCAGCUACAGAAGAAAUGUUUUAAGAUAAGAGUAAAAAUAUUAAGAACUACAGAAAAAAGAUGUUGAAAAUUAAAUCAAGGAAGAGUAGGCUUAUAUAAAUCAACAAAAGUAACAUCUUAGAAACCUUGAAAUGCAGCUUUAAUAUUUGAGAGAUGAAAAUGACCACUUAAAAAAAGAUGUUAAAGAAUUAGAUUACAUAAAGUCUGAAUAAUACAAAGAAAUACAGGCCUUAAGAGAUUAGGUUAGAAAACAUAAAGAGAGUAUCGAAGCAAAUGAAGAAAGAUUAUAACAUGCUAACAAAUAAAUGGAGAUACUCUAAGAUUAAAUUAAGAUAUUGAAAAGUGAAGUUGAUUAAAAAGCUCAUUCUCUUGAAUAGAGAUAAAGUGAUUAGUUAAAUUUACAUUCAGUUUAUACGAUGGAUAUGGAAAGAAAUUACAAUAAAUUAGUUGAAACAGAAAAGGCCUAUUCGUUAAAGCUUGAAAACCUAAGAUAAUAAUCAAUUAAUGAUAAUUUAUUUUUAAAGAACGAAAACAAAGAAUUAUCAGAUAUAAACUUAAGACUAGAGGAUGAAGUAUCUAAUCUUAGGAGAGAACUAAGAUUUAUUCGCAAAAAAUUGUAAGAAAAAGAAGGAGAAAACAUUGAUCCAAAUACACUUAAUUAUUCAAAUACAUUAAAACUUUCUCCCACUCAUACAUAAAAAAUAAGCAGAGGAGAAAAAUUAAUGGAAGAAGAUCUUCAAAACCAAGAUUAUAGAAAAAAUUUAGAUGAUAUAUUUUAAGAAAUGAAAUCACUGAAAGAAAAAGCACUUUUUGAAUUUAAUAACAGUCUGAGUUGA